GUUUUUAAAAAAUUGUCCACUUUUUCAUGAAACGCCAAACAAGGCGCAGAAAAGUGGAGUGAAUAUUAUUUCAUGUCCACCACCGAACUCUGAACCCAACCCAUUUGAACGGAAAAUGAAGAAGAACAAGCUACACAGUUACUCAGUGGCUUCUCUGAGGAAGCGUCUAGUGUAUUAAGGGUGAGUCCUCUUCAUCUCAACCGUCCAUUGUUGCAUCACUUCUCACAUCAUCGCCGUGGAUGGGCCAGGCAGCUUCAACGGCCUCCGUCGCUUGCCGCCGCGAAAGCGUCCAAGCCCAACGCUCCACCGACACCUCCUCCAAGACCAGAUCCACCGCAUCGGUCUCUCCGAUGCUUGCAUCCGCCGCCGCCGAAGACUACCUCGACGAUAACCGUCGCGGCGAUGAAGUUAUCGGUGAAAUCCGUGACUACACCUCGGAUCUCCCCAACGAGUGCUUGGCUUCUGUGUUCCAGUCGCUCAGCUCCGCCGAUCGCAACCGCUGCUCCCUCGUUUGCCGGCGGUGGCUCCAGAUCGAAGGACAGAGUCGUCACCGUCUCUCCCUCAACGCUCAAUCGGAUCUCCUUCCGGUAAUCCCUUCCCUCUUCUCUCGCUUUGAUUCGGUCACGAAACUCGCGCUCAAAUGUGAUCGCAGAUCCGUGAGCAUCAGGGACGAAGCGCUCGUUCUUAUCUCUGAGCGGUGCCCUAACCUCACGCGCCUCAAGCUCCGCGCGUGCAGGGAGCUCACAGAUGCCGGAAUGGAAGCCUUCUCGAAGAACUGCAAGGGUUUGAAGAAGCUCUCGUGCGGAUCUUGCACCUUCGGAUCCAAAGGCAUGAACGCGGUGCUCGAUAAUUGCGCCGCGCUAGAAGAACUCUCCGUCAAGCGCCUCCGUGGAAUCUCCGAUGCGGCUGCGGCGGAGCCGAUUGGGCCUGGCGUUGCGGCCGCGUCGCUCAAAACCGUUUGCCUUAAGGAGCUUUACAACGGACAGUGUUUCGGCUCAUUGAUUCUCGGCGCGACGAAUCUGAGGACGUUGAAGCUUUUCCGGUGCUCCGGUGAUUGGGACAAGCUCUUUCAACUCUUGGCAGAUCGAGCUAUGAGCGCGAGCAUGGUUGAGGUCCACCUCGAGAGGCUCCAGAUUAGUGAUGUUGGCUUGCAAGCUAUAGCCAAUUAUUCGAACCUAGAAAUUUUGCAUCUUGUUAAGACCCCAGAAUGCACGGAUUUUGGACUAAUUGCAAUUGCGGAACGAUGCAAGCUCCUAAGGAAGCUUCACGUUGAUGGGUGGAAGGCAAAUCGUAUUGGUGAUAAAGGGUUAAUAGCAGUUGCCAAGUGCUGCCCUAAUCUACAGGAACUAGUGCUUAUGGGUGUUAACCCCACUAAAGCGAGUUUGGAAAUGUUGGCAUCUAAUUGCCAGAAUCUAGAGCGGUUGGCUUUAUGUGGAAGUGAUACGGUUGGUGAUCCUGAGAUAUCGUGCAUUGCGGCAAAGUGUAUAGCUUUGAAGAAACUCUGCAUUAAGAGUUGUCCUGUUUCUGAUCAUGGGAUGGAAGCUCUGGCAAGUGGGUGUCCGAAUUUGGUGAAAGUGAAGGUGAAGAAGUGUAAGGGUGUUACCUCUGAAGGUGGGGAUUGGUUGAGGCUGACUAGGGGUUCAAUUGCUGUUAAUUUAGAUACUGGUGAAACAGAACAACAAGAUGCAAGUGCCAGUGAUGGUGGAGCACAAGACAAUGGUCUAGAAUUUCCUUCAAUGCCUAGCCAAACGGCAGCAUCAGCAUCAGCAUCCGCAUCAGCCAGUAUUGCAUCAAGCAGUACUGGUCGAUCUAGUUCAUUCAAGUCAAGGUUAGGGCUUUUGUCUGGGAGGAGUUUAGUGGCUAGCACUUGGAGAAGAUGGUCAGGUGGGAGCACUAGUGGCCGCCAUGGUUAGAGAGACAAAGCAAAAUCAAACCGGAGUCUUUGAUCAUUUUUCAUUAUUUUGUGUUGUAUUACUUUGAUUUCCUAUUUCUUGUACUUAAAUUUGAAAUUUAUGCCGUGUGAUGUUUAUUGAUUGCCUUUUGAAUUGAAUCUUCACGGUUGAAGUACAAUGACUCGUUUUUUUUUUUGG